AUGGCUGCGACCAUCUUUUCCAUUGCACAGAAAUUAACUUCGAUGAUAUCAAACGAAGCUGAUUUGCUCUCCGGAGUACCUGAUCAGGCCCAGUUGUUAUCCAAUGAGAUCAGUUUGAUGAUUUCUGCACUGCAAGACGCCACUGAGAAACAUCGAACAAGAAACGAGGUGAAAGAAUGGCUGAACCAGGUUAGAAAUGUUGUCAUGGAAGCUGAGGAUGUGAUUGAUUUCAUCAUCUUUCUAGAAGAGAGACAAUGGCACAGAAACAUCCUAACCAGGUACAUCUGCUACCCCAAUCAACUACGUAAUCUCCAUAAAUUUGGCAGUGAAAUAGAAAGUUCCAUUGAAAAGAUCAACCAGCUUUCACUUAGGAGAUCUACUUUGGGCCUUGCAACUUCAGAGGCAGAGUCCUCGACAAGUUCUUCACUUCGUAUGAUGAUCACCAAUGAUCAAGAAGGCCUAACAUUUCGUCGGCUAGAUAGGGUGGAUGAUUUCUGUGUCAUCGGAUUUGAAAAGGAAGAGAAUGAAAUAGUGAAAAAGUUGCUAACACCCAUAGAGCCAUGUCCUACCGUUGUUGUUGUUUCAAUAGUAGGAAUGGGUGGUAGUGGCAAAACCACCCUUGCCAGAAAAAUCUACAAAAGAAAUGAUGUUGAGCAACAUUUUCAGACUCGUGCUUGGAUUUCUGUCUCUCAACAAUACAAUAUAAGAGAUCUUCUCCAUGUCAUUAUAGAACAGAUCAAGCCCCUCACCCUUGAGGAGAAGAAAGAACUAGAUGUGGAAAGCUUGAUCCAUAGGCUUUCAAGUCACUUGAAAGAAAAAACAUACCUAAUUGUAUUCGAUGACUUGUGGAGGCCUGAAGACUGGAACAUGUUGAAACAAGGCCUUCCAAUUCAAGGAGAAGGCUAUCAAAGCAGGGUGUUGGUUACCACUCGCAAUGAAAUCGUAGCUAGAUGUGCAGAUCCCUUCACAACUCCCUAUUUUCAGCGCCUUUUGAAUGAAGAUGAGAGUUGGAAGCUCUUCCUGUCAAAGGUGAUGGGCAAUAAGGUUGCAGUUUGCCCUGAAGAUUUGGAGGAUUUGGGACGGGAAAUUGUCCACAAGUGUCAUGGAUUGCCACUGGCCAUCGUUGUAUUAGGCGGUCUCUUAUCCGUCAAACCGAGGACACACAUUGCCUGGUCCAAGGUUCUUCAUAGUGUAAAUUGGGAACUAAAUGAGAAUGAAGGGAAUUGCAAACAAGCACUGGCUCUGAGUUAUACUGACCUUCCAGAUCAUCUGAAGCCUUGUUUCCUCUAUUUAGGCCUUUUCCCAGAAGACUAUGAGAUUCGAGUUAAUUUGGCUAUGGGUGGCAGAAGGUUUCAUACAACCAAGGGGAUGCUUAACAAUGGAAGAUGUGGCUGA